AAACCCGGCAGCGGAAACACGACGGAGCCAAGCACCCGAGCGCGACCAAGCACGCGCCGCCACCGACACCAGAGAUCGAUACCGACCAUGGCUGCUGACUGCGUGAUGGCAACGACGACGAGCUGUAGCUACCACGCGGCAGCGAGCAAGGCGAAACGCGUCCAGUUCACGACCGAGACCACAUACUACUUUGACGUUGCGUACGGCGGAAGCGCGCUCCCGAGCGAGAGUGGACCUCCCAUCGGCCUCGCGCCCAACCACUGUCACCGAACGACGGCCGCUGUCGUGAUGUCCGCCACGAAGCGUCGCCACGUGCGCAAGUUCGACCACCUCGAACGCAUCGAGCUCCUCAAGGCCGCUGACUACCACGUGAAGGAGAUUGCGCAGUUUUGCUUCGAGGCCAUGGACGUCCGCAACUCGCGAAAAGACACCCGCGCGCGCCUCAAUAAGAUGCGAAGGCGCGCUGCCGCCCGGCGUGUGCUCCUCCGACAUCGACCACGCAUGAUGCAGCCUCUCAUGCGCGAGAGCGACUCGUCCGACACAUACAGCAGCGAGGAAGACAACGACAGCAGCGACGACAGCAGCGACGACGAUAUGCACGCUUAGAUCUUAGCGCCGCAACACCUAAUUAUCGAAUACACAGCCCUUGGAAUCAUG